AUGGCCACCGAAAAGAAGGAGCAGAAGAUCUGGGUGCAGUCCAACGACAGCAUCACCCUCCCAGUCGACCGCGUUGUUGCUGAGCGCUCCAUGCUCAUCAAGAACAUGCUUGAGGACGUCGGUGAUGAUGCCAUCAGCCAGGAGAACCCCAUUCCUAUUCCCAACGUCAACGAGGCCGUCCUGAGAAAGGUCAUCGAGUGGUGUGAGCACCACCGCAACGACCCCCCCGUUAACGCCGAUGAGGAGAACGACGCUCGCAAGAAGACGACUGAGAUCGAGGAGUGGGACCAGAAGUUCAUGCAGGUUGACCAGGAGAUGCUCUUUGAGAUCAUCCUCGCCUCCAACUACCUCGACAUCAAGCCCCUCCUUGACGUUGGCUGCAAGACCGUCGCCAACAUGAUCAAGGGCAAGUCCCCCGAGGAGAUCCGCAAGACCUUCAACAUCACCAACGACUUCACCCCCGAGGAGGAGGAGCAGAUCCGUCGCGAGAACGAGUGGGCCGAGGACCGCUAA